CUUCUCCGUUGUCAAGCCAAUUCCUGCUCUUUUUUCACUUUUCAUUCGUACACCUUUUGCAAAAUUUACAAAUGCUAUCGUCACGUGUGAUAGGCAGUGUGGGAGGACGCAUACUGCAGUCGGCGGUGAGCGAGGACAGGCCAUUUGGGGGCGAGGGCGGCCUGCGGGGCACAGGCAGCAGGCGGCGUCCAUUGAGCACCAGGGCCACGUCAAAGCAAGAUCGGUCAGCACCCAACGGGCGGCGAGAGUUCCACACGACGCACAUGGCGCGCGCCGACGACUACUACUCGAUCCUGGGGGUGAAGCGGGACGCGAGUCAGUCCGAGAUCAAAAAGUCGUACUACCAGCUGGCGAAGAAGUACCAUCCGGACGCCAACAAGGCCGAGGACGCCAAAGAGAAGUUCAUCAAGAUCCAGGAGGCAUACGAUACGCUGUCGGACGAGUCGAAGCGCAAGAACUACGACCAGUUCGGGACGGCGGACCCAAGCGGCGGGUUCGGCGGGGCCGAAGGCAGCGGAUUCGGCGGGUAUAUGACGGUGGGCGAAGACAUCGAGGCCAGCAUCACGGUGUCGUUUGAGAACGCAGUGCGCGGCACCGCGACGUCGGUGACGAUCACGCCGAUUGUGCGGUGCGACCCAUGCCAGGGUUCGGGCGCCAAGAAGGGAGCCAAGCGGCACACCAUGCCAGGCGCCGUAUACUCGAUGGGCGGGUUCCACGUGCGGCAGCCGUGCCAGGCCUGCCAUGGCGAGGGCUCGACCAUUUCCAAGGCCGACCAGUGCGGGUCGUGCGGCGGCAAGGGUCGUGUGCGUGAGCGCAAGACCAUCGAGGUCAAUGUGCCUGCAGGCUGCGACAACGGCAUGCGCAUGCAGAUUCCCGGCGCCGGCGACGUGCCGAUCGAGGGCGAAGGCCCGCCUGGCGACCUGUAUAUCCGCGUGCGGGUGCUGCCUAGCAAAAUCUUCAGCAGGAAGGGCGCCGACGUCUACUACAAUGUCGACCUGCCCUUCACCACCGCCAUUCUUGGCGGCAAGAUCCGCGUGCCCACGGUUGACGGCGACGUCGAGGUCACCAUCAAGCCUGGCACGCAGCCCGGCGACGAGCUGCGGCUGCGCGGCAAGGGCAUCAAGCGCAUCGAGUCCAGCAGGCGCGGCGACCAGUAUCUGUCGCUGAAGGUCACGCUGCCCACGAGCCUGACCGACAAGCAGCGCAAGCUGGUCGAGGACUUUGAGCAUGAGAUCCUGGGCAAGCCGCGCGAGGCUCCGCCGACAGGCAAGGACGCGCCCGGCGACGAGCACAAGCCCGGGUUCUUCAGCCGCCUCAAGAACGAGUUCAAGAAGCCCAAGGAUGACGAGUCAAAGUAGCACCCCCUCCACUUAGAUUUCUAAACAGUCCAUAUAUAUUUUACGUUCCAACUCUUCUCUU